GUUUCCGGUAUAAACAAGGACAUGCGUUGAGUAACUCUCCUUGUGAAUGUUGGGUUGUUUCUGUAGCUGUAACCCCGGUAUGUCCGUCACUGUAAGGGGCUACAGGACAAGUGUUCUCGGUUAGAAAGUGUUCUCCGCCUCCCUGACCUCAUGGCGGCCGCUGCUCAUGUGUCCGCAGUCCGCUCCCUGUACAAGAGGAUCCUGGUGCUGCACCGGUUCCUGCCCAUAGACCUGCGAGCCCUGGGUGACCAGUAUGUGAAAGACGAGUUCAGGAGACAUAAAGGUGCAACACCGGAGGAAGUCAAGGGCUUCAUGACAGAGUGGGAGAACUACAAGGACACCCUGCAGACUCAGGUACUGGAGUCAGCAGGGGAGCGCCUCAGUGAAGUGAAGUUCGGGGCCAACCUGUCAGAUGGGAAACUCCGCGACUUCCAGGAUGAGCAGAUAGGCCAGCUGUAUGAACUCAUGCUGGAAUCCACCAAACCCAACAGACAGUUUGACAUCCAGGAGGACAGCAAAUGAAACAGCAGGUCACAAUGACGCGCUUGGACAUUGAGAAGCAGAUGGUUUUUCUGAUGAAGACAGACCACUAAUAUAUUACCUCUUAGUGCUUCAGAUACAGAGUGGAGCUCAAAGGCCAAGUCGAGGCUUUUAGGAAUAUUUGAUUAUGUCAAAGUGCUGUGUAAUUCUGUGUUCUUGUUCUUUUCUCUUUUACUGUGACAAUAAAAGAGGUUCCUCAUGCUCCUCAACAGGUGCAUUAAGGUCGCACUAA